AUGAUGGUAUACUACAACGCCGAUAAGUUCAUCUCAGGAAACGACAAGGCUGUUAUCGAGUACUUACGUAAUGAAAAGAACCCUCGUCUAACACUGGGAUUACGUUGUCUAAGAGCAAUAUAUAAAGUUGAUGGGCUGAAAGGAUUCUAUCGUGGAUUUUGGGCGUCAAGUCUCGUCUAUGUGCCAUCAUGUCUCGUUUUCUGGCCUGUAUAUUACUGGUGUCAGGACUUCUUCAAUUUUCUGCGACGUCAAUCAGCUAAGGAAGGCCAAGGUCCUCUGAUUUUGGAUCAAGCUGCUGCAGCUACAAUCGGAGGGGCCUGUUCGACAAUAUGUACGAACCCGAUGGAAAUGUUUCGCAUCAGGCUUCAAGUACAUCGCAGCGAUUAUGCAGAGACCUUGGCAAGAAUCCUCAGGAACGAAAGACAAUACAUGUUCACUAAAGGUUUGGCUCCUAGGUUAAUCAGCAACUCUAUAUACUCGUGUGUAGUCAUGGUGGGCUACGAAGUCGUAAAACGUUUCUGUGUUCUUCCCGAAUAUCAAGACCGAGUGAAAUGGUAG